AAGUCCCGCCUACCAUACGCCGCCACCUCAGCAGCAGGGCUAUCCACUCGCUGAUGGUGGUCCCUCCUACGUCCAGCCGCCAUCGAUGCCACAGGCAUCCCAGAUCCCGCACCAGUAUUCCUCCAGUUCCAUCUCAAAUGUGCAACUUCAGCAGGAAGCGGAGGACGCGGGUUCGAUACAGCCCUCCAUCCCCAGCACCCAAGCACCGUUGCAGUCACCAUCCGAUUCAAUGGGAAAACAAAUAUACAAACCUAAGCCGUUGUUCUGUGUAGUAUGUGCCAGUAAUCAGAACCGAUCUAUGGAGGGACACUACGUGCUGUCCAAAGCUGGCCAUCGCGUCAUUUCUUAUGGCACGGGCUCUGCUGUCCGGCUGCCGGGGCCAGCAAUAGACAAGCCCAAUAUUUAUCCCUUCGGAACGCCAUACAAUCAAAUUUAUGAAGAACUCCAGGAACAAGACCCUCGUUUGUACACCGCGAACGGAUUGUUACAGAUGCUCGACCGAAAUCGGCGUCUCAAACUCGCGCCCGAACGGUGGCAGGAAAGCAAGGCCGUGGCGGAUAUUGUCAUUACCUGUGAGGAGCGUUGCUUCGACGCUGUUUGCGACGAUUUACUGGCGCGCGGCGGAGACUUCAACAAACCUGUGCAUAUCGUCAACAUUGAGAUCAAGGACAACCACGAAGAGGCGCAUUUUGCUGGGAAGGCAAUAGUUGACCUUGCUGCGGCGAUUGAGGCGGCCAACGAUAUCGACGAGGAGAUCGAUGCGAUACUACAGGCUCACCAAGAGAAACACCCUCACAGUCUGUUACAUGCCGUCGCAUACUAUUGAUUGAUAAGGCC